AUGGAUAGAGCCUGGGUCUACCUGGUGACAGGAGGAUGUGGGUUUAUUGGGGAGAAGAUCGUAGAGCUCCUGUCUCAACAAGACUACAUCAAAGAAGUCAGAGUUUUUGAUUCAGUAGCAAGAGAAGAAGUAGAAAAAUUUUUCUCCAGCUACCACUCAUGUGCAGUGAUGAAAGGAAACAUUCGAGACUACAAUCUGCUCCUUGCUGCCAUGUGGGAAGUUCACGUGGUUAUUCACACAGCUGCUAUUGUGGAGUACAGAAACACUGUGCCCUUUUGGGAAAUGAGAGCUGUCAAUGUUUAGGGUACUGAAAAUGUGUUAAGGGCCUGCUGUGUCCUGAACAUCCCAGAUGUUGUCUACACAAGCUCCAUUGCUGCGGUGGGACCCAAUACAUCGCAUGAGCCCAUGCUCAGAGGAAAUGAGGACACCAAAUACAGAGGGGAAGUGGAGCUGCCUUAUGGGAAGACAAAGGCCAUGGCAGAAAAUCUUGUAUUUGAAGCCAACAGAAAAAAGCUAAGCAACGGUAGCAAACUCACAACCUGCAUCAUCUGUGCAAACACAGUGUAUGGGGAGAAAGCAACGUUUUUUCAAGAGUUGUAUUUUCUUGCUAAAGCCAGGAACGGUGCGUUGAACUACCUAGAGCCUGAAAACACAGAGCGUAAUCACACAUAUGUGGGGAACGUUGCAUGGAUGCAUGUUCUUGCAGCAAGGAACUUGCAGCUGAAACCAGACUUACUCGCAGGACAAGUGUAUUAUUCCUGUGAUGACACUCCAACAAGAAAAGGUUUUUUGAUCAGGCAUCAGCUGUUAUCCUCUAUGGACCCCUCAGUGAGGCUAGGUUCACACAUCCCUUACUGAAAGAUGUGGUUAAUGAUACAAUUGCAUAGGAUAAUCAAGGUCAUCUUGUACCCUUUCUGGAAGCCACAACCUUUCCUAAACUUGCCUUUACUGAAAACAAUAGUCACCACCUUCUCCAACGAGACAGACAAAGCCUCCGGGUAUUUUGGGUACAAACCCCUCUUCACCUGGAAAGAGAGCAAGCACAGAACUGCACAGUGGUUGAAAGCAGCUGCAGGGAACCUGGAACCUCCCCAGCUUCAUGAAAAGAAGAACGAAGCAGCACGUUUGGGGUAA